AAUCAGCAAAUCUGUCAGCGAUAUUGGAAUAGCCAGCUUUUGCGGAGUUGAUUUGACGCAGAAAGUGAUCAUCUUGCACCGCACUCUUGUCGCAAGGCUGUACGCAUGCAGGAAGUGAGUGACAGAAGAGCUCAAGUGAUGUCACAAGGAAAGACAAGAUAGGAAAACCAAGAUAAAGAUCUAGGAUGCAGUGUCCGACAGAGGAUCGUGGACAAGUGGCUGGAUAUAGACGGAUAACAACCGGAAGUCGGAAGACGUCAGCAAUAACAAUAAACCGAUCGGUUAUACAAAAGUUGCACAACGAAAAGAGAAAAAAAUGCUUCUGUCGUACUCAUAUAGAGAUCGCAAAAAAGGGCCGAAAGAUAAUCGCUCGCUCACCUAAGAACAAUGUCUGCACAGUUUCUUCAUUGUUGUAACACACUUCCGCAACAGUGGGAACCGAGUUCGUUGUUCAGUGGUACUGCCCGUGAUUCGAACACAAUGUUGCACAGAAAUGACCUCAGACGGAAGAUAGAACGAGACUGGAAAAAAUGUGCUCUUUCGAGUAUAUGCUACUGACAUUCCAGAGGUGUUUUUUGCGCCACCUCACAUUGGUCAUUGUUGCACUAAAGUUCGUCCAUCUAGAAAAUUGAAGAUUGGAAUAGGCCUAUGUUAUUUCUCUAGUUUGUAGGGCUGUGUAAACUCGUAGGUAGAAAUCAGCUUUCCGGAAAAAUGUACUGUAACCAUAUUCAACCAUCCUAUCAUCAAUUACCAAUGCCAACAACACUUUCCUGGUGAUACUGGAAAUUGUUUAGCAGGCUUUGUCAUUUGUUUAUCCGUGUGUGUACUAGAACUAGAGCCUGAGUAAUAAUGAAUUAUUUAAGUAUGCCAAAAAUGUUUUGUGUGUUUUAAUUGUAAAAACUAUUUAUGUUUCCGUUUUAUCUUUUCCACUAGAUUUAAAAUCAGUUUAGUAUGGAGCUUGUUUUGAAUAUGUGACGACUAUGGUGGCGACACUGAUAACGGCGUAAAGAUAUUUAUACAAUGGCGGUUCAUGUCGUUUACGAAUUUGGUUUUUUGUGCUUGCCUCAGAAUCUGCAAAGUUGACUGUUUACAUUUAUUUCUCUUAUGUGUUCAUUUAUACAGAAUUUUUUGUGCUGAAUAAUGUUUUAUAUAAUUUCAAUUUGUUAGUGUUAAAGUGUCAACGUAGCAUUGAUCAGGUUCGUGUGUGUGUGUGUGUGUGUGUGUGAGGCGUGUCCCACGUUUGUUUGAAUCCUUAUACAAGACGAAUCACAUAAAACAUUUUUGUUCUUUGAGUGCCUAAGAAUAUGCAGUACUUGCUGGUCUAUUUUUGGCAAAAUUAAACACAUUUAUGUAUAACCAUUGCAUUGAACGGGGAAGAAAAUAGCUUGAAACUUACAAAGGAAUGGAAUUAUAUUCCUCUUCUCAAGUUGAGAUACUUUUAUUUCUGACUUGGAGUGUUCUGUCCAUAUGCAUUGGAGAAAUUCAGAUUAAGCAUGAAGAUAUUGGUACUCCUUUGUCUGUAGUGGGUUGCUUUCAAAAAGAUCAUGAUUACCGUGAUCUUCCCUUCAAUAUCACAAAUGCAGUAGUGCCUCUGUCAGCAGAGUCAUGCAAAGCAGUUUGUAAGCAGAAAUUUUUCAGAUAUGCAUUCUUCAAGAAUGCACAGGCUUGUUAUUGUGACAGUUCGUAUGGCAGAUACCAUCCUGCAGAAUGCUUACAGUCAUGCAAUGCCAAUGAAACAGGGUCCUGUGAAGGCAGUUUGUCUAAUGCUGUGCUUGACACUGGAUGGAGGGUUCCUGGCCCUCCUACAUCACUGAAACUUUUUAAUGCCACGGUCACCAGCGUGCAGGCGGUCUGGACCCCUCCAGCCGCUCUUAACGACGUGUUUACCGAGUACAUUGUUGUGGCAGACUGCAUAAAUACCUAUUCUACAAUCACCCAGCUGGAACCGCGACAAUGGGUGUUUCCGAAUUCUACUUUAAAAGCUGGAUUACCAGACCUUCAUCCAGGCAGUCUGUACAAUAUAUCCGUAGCUACUCACUCUGACCACGUAACUGGAGUGAAGGUGUCGGAUACAAUCUGGACGCAGAUAGGAGAACCCGAAGAGCCAGAAGUACCUAGAAUUUUAAGAAGGGACAAAGGUCAGAUUUUGGUUCAGUUGUCACCAGUGAUAAAUGAAAAUGGUCCAAUUACAGCGUAUCGUAUAGUGGUGGUUUAUGAGGCAGGACGUGAAGCAUUCAGGAAAGAUUUGCUGAAAUCUUUUCAUGAGGCUGAAUUUGAAGGGUUGUCCUACUAUAUUGCUGCAGAAUUAAAACCCCAGGAUCUGAAAGAUGAAUUUGUUGUUGGUGAUGGCCGCACAUAUGGAAAUUAUUAUAACCCACCAUUGCCACUGGACUAUGAUGUGCAUGUUACCCUCGGAGUGGUGAGCAGUCUGAACAAUGUCACUAAAGUGACAUAUGCUCAUUUGGGCCACGUGGUCCUUAACAUAGGAGAUAACGUACCAGUGGCAGAUGUUGGAGGUUCUGGGUUGGUUAUUGGACUGUCUGUAGCCAUCGGUGUGUUUGGAUUUAUACUCCUGCUGUCAGUGGUUGCUUAUUGUAUGCUUCGCAGGCAUCUGGGUAGGCGCAGGCUAAAUUCUGAUCACCAGGAACUCUCUCUGCAGGGACCUAUGAUUGAAGUAGAACCAAAUGGUUAUAUUCAUAAUGGUUUCAUACCUGAAGAAGAGGACGAAAGAGUGAAUCACUACGAAAACUUGAAACGUCAAGUGUGGAACAUACCUCGUAACUUUCUGGAUGUAAAAUCAGAUGUAUUAGGGCAGGGACAGUAUGGCAAUGUAAUGAGAGGAACUGUUCAACAAAGAGGGUUUCCCAUCCCUGUUGCCAUUCACACAAUUGCAGAUGGGGAUUUACCACCCGAUAAGAAGAGAUCAAUGUUGCGAGACCUUGGUGUCUUGAUACGGCUUGGCACGCACGAAAAUAUAGCAAGUCUUGUGGGAACAUGUGAAAAUCCAGACACGUUGUUUGUUGUGGUUGAACAUCAUCCUGCCAGCUUGAAAGAUGUACUUGUAGAAAGUCGUUGCUUGGAACGUUCCAUCGCGCCAUACUCCGUCCAAGUGUCAGUAUCAGAUGUAGGUCGUUCCAAGCAACGAAUAUGCUCCCUCAGUGAGAGGCAGAUUUUAGAAGCAGCUGUUGGCAUUGCACGAGCAAUGGACUACUUAACUUCCAAGAAAAUUAUCCACACGAAACUAGCGGCUAGGAAUGUGUUAAUGGUAGAUGGUGUAGUGCCAAAAGUUACAGGCUGUGGAAUUGCACGUUAUAAUAAGUGUCGAGAGAAACCUGACUACACGAGAUGGACGGCACAGGAAAUAUUCCGAGGCAGGCCACAUGUGAACAAGAGUGAUGUGUGGUCUUUUGCUUGCGUUCUGUGGGAGAUUAGUGCACUUGGUGGGACACCAUAUGCCGAUGUUGCCACAAGUGAUGUGGGCAGCAGAGUUAUGCGAGGACAUCGUCUUCCUCAGUUGCAGUGUGUUGAUGAUGAUCUCUAUCAGCUGAUGCUGCAGUGUUGGCAGCUGGACCUGGAUGAGAGGCCCACAUUCCGAGAAAUUACACACAUAUUAGAGAAUAUGUUGGAUGAUAGCAUGAUUCAUUUGAACUUCGAAAUGUAUGCUGCUGGCUUCCAUUAUGAACAGUACAUACCUGAAUUAGAGCAGGUUCAAACUUAGAUCAGCCGCUGCAGGCAGAUCAAGGAGGUGAAGCAUUGUUUAUUUUUUUAAAUAUAUGUGUAUUUGUUUUGUAUUUUUAUGAAAAAAGAUACUUAUAGUUCAGCAUUUCUGAACCUUUCUUAGUCUGCGUAUCCCUUGGUCUCAGAGUGGGGCUUCAUGUCCCCCUAUGCAAUGGAGACUUAAUUUUUAUCUCAAAGUAAGUAUAAUCAUGUUUUAUAAAAUGACUUUCAAGGUCCUCUUGAAAAUGUAUGAAACGUAUCAUAUGCUACUUGGGGUGCACAUAGGCUUACAUCUGGUUCAGAAUUGCUGAUUUUGUUGCGAGAUAUUAACACUGUAUGCCUGUUCAUGUUAACCGGGGUAAGAGGUGUAACAAGAUUAUGACAUAAGGAUAUGCAAGAACUUAAUUUCAGAUCAAAUGCACUUAUUACCUGAUAUAGCACACAACUUAAGAACAAGAUGCUGUACUUUUGUUUAGGCUGACAAGAAAAGUAUUCUCAUGCCAUUUGAACAUUCGUUGCCCAAAGUGUUUAACAGUAUUAAUAUUAAAAAUUACAAAAUACUUUUGGUAUGAGCUUUCCAUUCCUCACGAUAAUUUACUAUAAAUUUAUUAAUACUCUUCAGACCUUUUGACAGUUGUCUUUAUAUUAUUUUGUCUUCUAGUCUUAUUAUGAAACAUGCACAUUUCCCUUUCUGUAUGUAUACUUCUAGGUGAUAUUUUAAAUUCUCAGCUGAAACUUAACUUGCAUAUCCUUGCAGUGCAGUAUUCCUAGUCUUAUAAUUCAAUAUGGAGAUUAUGAAGUGCAGCAUUUUAUAUGUUAUAUUCAAAGAUGUUGAAGAAGAUACAUUAAUAUAGAUUUAAUCUAAACGUAGAAUUUUCAAAACUCUGAAAUGCUGAGUCUUUUGAAAAAUGACUUAAAAGGACAUUGUAUUUUAACAAAGCAGAACUUUGAAGUAGAGCCUUUGAUCAUGUAAAUUUCUUCUCUCUUAAUUUUCUUGUAUGUAAUGUAAACUGCCUCUUACAUUUGUAUGAUUUGGAGUUUUAACAGCAGCUAAGUAUAAUAAAUCAUUCUUUUUCACCUUUCAA